CGCAAAUCGUCGACGUCUUCCAUUCACGACCUCAUCCGAAUCGGCUGUAUCACACCUGGUUUGAGGCGAAUCUGCUGGCCGACAUCUCCUAGACAGAGUCAAUUGAUACCAGCUACGAUGAUCGCACGCCACGCACCCUCAAAGCAGGCCCUCACUGCUGUAUCGCAGCGCGUCCUACCGUGCGCCGCUACCGCAUCGCGAGCGUCCUCACAGACUCCUUCGACCCGACAGCAAAGAGGCUUCGCCACAGUACAAGAAGGCACACCAAAGAAGACACAUGGCGGCUUGAGGGAUCAGGACAGGAUAUUCACCAAUCUGUAUGGUCACCAUGGUGCUGAUCUCAAGAGUGCUAUGAAGUAUGGAGACUGGUACAAGACUAAAGAGAUCAUUUUGAAGGGCCAUGACUGGAUCAUCUCCGAAAUCAAGGCAUCUGGCCUUCGUGGCCGCGGUGGUGCUGGAUUUCCGUCGGGCAUGAAAUGGUCGUUCAUGAAUUUCAAAGAUUGGGACAAGGACAAUAAGCCCCGGUACCUCGUCGUGAAUGCUGACGAGGGUGAGCCUGGAACCUGCAAGGACCGCGAGAUCAUGCGAAAAGACCCACACAAGCUAAUCGAGGGCUGUCUCGUUGCUGGACGAGCAAUGAACUGUACAGCAGCAUAUAUUUACAUCCGUGGUGAAUUUUAUCACGAAGCGACAGUCUUGCAAAGAGCAAUUCAAGAGGCAUAUCAGGCCGGUCUGAUCGGAAAGAAUGCAUGCGGCUCUGGCUAUGACUUCGACGUCUACCUCCACCGUGGAAUGGGCGCCUACGUAUGCGGUGAGGAAACGUCCCUCAUCGAGUCACUUGAAGGAAAGCCCGGCAAGCCCCGUCUCAAGCCACCAUUCCCAGCUGCCGUCGGUCUUUUUGGCUGUCCCUCUACGGUCGCUAAUGUUGAAACUAUUGCUGUCGCACCUACGAUUUGUCGCCGUGGAGGCAGCUGGUUCAGCAGCUUUGGACGCGAAAGAAACUCUGGAACCAAGCUCUUUUGCAUCUCUGGCCACGUCAACAACCCAUGUACAGUCGAAGAGGAGAUGAGUAUUCCGCUCAAGGAGCUACUCGAAAAACAUUGCGGUGGUGUACGAGGUGGCUGGGACAAUCUCCUAGCUGUCAUUCCUGGUGGUUCAUCAACACCCAUCCUCCCGGCUGCAACGUGCACUGAGCAACUGAUGGAUUUCGAUGCUUUGAAGGAUUCGCAGUCUGGUCUCGGUACUGCUGCUGUCAUCGUCAUGGAUAAGUCGACCGAUGUCGUUCGUGCUAUUAGUAGAUUGGCCAAGUUCUACCACCACGAGUCUUGUGGACAAUGUACGCCCUGCCGUGAAGGUUCAAAGUGGACCGACCAAAUUAUGAAACGCUUCGAGAAGGGCGAGGGCAGGGAGCGCGAGAUUGAUAUGUUGCAGGAGCUUACAAAGCAGGUAGAAGGACACACAAUUUGCGCCUUGGGUGAGGCUUUCGCAUGGCCCCUGCAGGGCCUGAUCAGGCACUUCAGACCGGAACUUGAAGCUAGAAUCAAGGGCAAUGCGCAAAAAGCUGGAGGCGAGGCGCUUGCUGGUGGUUGGACACACGAUGCGGGCAAGAAAGGUCUACUGGUGUCACCAGGACAAUAGUUGUACAGUUCGAUUUUUUGCGUUCCCUUUGUAGACUACGCUACAUCACUUUGUACAGUUUAGGAGCAGCUAGAUAAAAAUAUUCAUCAAGUUCGGCUCGAUACCCGAAAAGCCAG